UUGUCCCGGCCGGGCCCGGCCAUGUAUCCCCAAGGGCGGCACCCGGCACCCCACCAGCCCGGCCAGCCCGGCUUCAAAUUCACCGUGGCCGAAUCCUGCGACCGGAUCAAAGACGAGUUCCAGUUCCUCCAGGCCCAGUACCACAGUCUUAAAGUGGAAUACGAUAAGCUUGCAAACGAAAAGACAGAAAUGCAACGCCAUUACGUGAUGUACUACGAAAUGUCUUACGGUUUGAACAUAGAAAUGCACAAGCAGACAGAGAUCGCUAAAAGGCUGAACACGAUUCUCGCCCAGAUUAUGCCUUUUCUUUCACAAGAGCACCAACAGCAAGUGGCCCAAGCUGUUGAACGUGCCAAACAGGUCACCAUGACCGAGCUGAACGCCAUCAUCGGGGUACGUGGAGUUCCCAAUCUGCCUCUCACCCAGCAGCAGCUCCAGGCUCAGCACCUCUCCCACGCAGCCCACGGCCCCCCGGUGCAACUGCCCCCCCACCCGUCUGGUCUGCAGCCGCCGGGGAUCCCGCCCAUCACGGGGAGCAGCUCGGGGUUGCUGGCGCUGGGGGCGCUGGGCAGCCAGGCCCACCUGACGGUCAAGGAUGAGAAAAACCACCACGACCUGGACCCUCGAGAUCGUGACUCCAGCGCAAACAACUCAGUCUCUCCUUCUGAGAGCCUGAGAGCCAGUGAGAAGCACAGGAGCUCCACAGACUAUGGCCUCGAGCCCAAGAAGCGGAAGGCCGAGGAGAAAGACAGCCUGAGCCGAUAUGACAGCGACGGGGACAAGAGCGAUGACCUCGUGGUGGACGUCUCCAAUGAGGAUCCUGCGACCCCCCGCGUGAGCCCUGCUCAUUCGCCUCCAGAAAACGGAAUCGACAAAGCCCGGGGGCUGAAGAAGGACGCCCCCAACAGCCCCGCCUCAGUCGCCUCCUCCAGCAGCACACCCUCCUCCAAAACGAAAGACCUCGGCCACAACGAUAAAGCCUCCACCCCUGGGCUGAAAUCGAACACUCCCACGCUGAGGAACGAUGCGCCGACGCCAGGGACAAGUAGCACCCCAGGGCUGCGGCCGAUGCCGGGCAAGCCAUCUGGAAUGGAUCCUUUGGCCUCUGCCCUGAGGACGCCCAUCUCGAUCGCAGGCUCUUACGCCACCCCCUUUGCCAUGAUGGGGCAUCAUGAGAUGAACGGCUCCCUGGCCAGCCCCGGGGCCUACACGGGCCUUCACAGCAUCCCCCCCCAGAUGGCUGCUGCUGCCGCCGCCGCCUACGGCCGCUCUCCCAUGGUGAGCUUUGGAGCUGUUGGCUUCGAGCCCCACCCUCCCAUGAGAGCCCCUGUGCUGCCCACUACCCUGGCAUCUAUUCCUGGUGGAAAGCCGGCCUACUCAUUUCACGUGAGCGCUGAUGGCCAGAUGCAGCCCGUCCCCUUCCCGCACGACGCCCUUGCUGGCCCCGGCAUCCCCCGACAUGCCCGCCAGAUCAACACGCUGAGCCACGGGGAGGUGGUCUGCGCCGUCACCAUCAGCAACCCGACCCGCCACGUCUACACGGGUGGGAAGGGAUGCGUGAAGAUCUGGGAUAUCAGCCAGCCGGGCAGCAAGAGCCCCGUCUCACAGCUGGACUGCUUGAACCGAGACAACUACAUCCGCUCCUGCAAGCUCCUCCCCGACGGGCGCACGCUGAUCGUGGGUGGGGAGGCCAGCACACUCACCAUCUGGGACCUGGCCUCUCCCACCCCCCGGAUCAAGGCCGAGCUGACCUCUUCCGCCCCUGCCUGCUACGCCCUGGCCAUCAGCCCUGACGCCAAAGUCUGCUUCUCCUGCUGCAGCGAUGGGAACAUCGCCGUCUGGGAUCUCCACAACCAGACCCUGGUCAGGCAAUUCCAAGGACACACCGACGGAGCCAGCUGCAUCGACAUUUCUCACGACGGCACCAAACUGUGGACGGGAGGCUUGGACAACACGGUGCGCUCCUGGGAUCUCCGGGAAGGCCGGCAGCUGCAGCAGCACGACUUCACCUCCCAGAUCUUCUCGCUGGGGUACUGCCCAACAGGGGAAUGGCUUGCUGUGGGCAUGGAGAGCAGCAACGUGGAAGUUCUUCACCACACCAAGCCUGACAAGUACCAGCUCCACCUUCACGAAAGCUGCGUCCUCUCCCUGAAGUUUGCAUAUUGUGGGAAGUGGUUUGUGAGCACCGGCAAAGACAACCUUCUCAACGCCUGGAGGACUCCUUACGGAGCAAGCAUAUUCCAGUCGAAAGAAUCUUCCUCAGUCUUAAGCUGCGACAUCUCGGCCGAUGACAAAUACAUUGUCACGGGCUCGGGAGACAAGAAGGCCACCGUCUACGAGGUGAUCUACUGACCUGGGGGGCUUCUGGGCAGCCAUCACGCUCCGAGAGGGCUGGUGAGAAGGUGGAUCUCUUCCAGUGGGGGCCGGCAGAACGAAAGGGGGGAAGAAGCGCACGCCUUCCCGGCCCGCGGCCUGUGGAGCUGCGUCACCUGCGCGUGGGUUUCCCGUCGUGAUUUUGGAGUCGUUCUGUGGAUUUUGGAUCCCUUGGGAGCUGCAGAGAUUUCCCUGAGGGUUCCUUACAAGAUUAUUUCUCCCCCCCCCCCCCCUCCUGCCCUGGAUUUUCACUUAUUUUGGUUCUCAUGUCUGUGAUCAAGAGACUGGCCCUCAGCGGAGAUGCUUUGGUUUUUUUCUUUGUUCUCUCCAUGAGACUUGUGGGAAAUGUAAAUAGCCGAAACGUUUAGUAGGGUGAGGGACACUGUCCGUCUGGUACCCUGGCUGUGUUUUUUUUCUUUGGUCUGCUGUAAUUAUAUUCAUUGGUGUUUUUUGAGGGGGAGGGUGGGGUGGCCCUCCUUUUCCUCCCUGACCACUCCCGCCUCCGAGCUUUGGCAUGGUGACGCUCUCUGGAUCUGUCCCCUGAGGAACUCUCUUGGCUGCUGUGCCCACGACCCGUCUCGCUCUGUUCUCCUGCGACGCAGCCGGGUUUGAGAGAGCAGCUGGAUCUUUCCCCUGAUUAUGGCAGCUCAGACAGAACAGUUGCAUUCUUCUGUGGUUCUGUUUUUUUAAAAAAAAUUGGGACACUUUGUGAUUUUGAAGCAAGCGAGUCCACGUCCCGCUGGCCCUCCGGCAACGUCCAUCGCAACCUUCGGGCCGAAGACACCGAUAUGGAAGAGCUUUUUCCACAAAGCAAAAUACCCUUUCGACAAUUGCUCAGGGAACCAAGAAAACAAAAUAAUAGCAACUUGUGUGGGAUUUUUUUUUUUUUACUUCAAUGAAAGUAAAGUCAUAGAAAUGGUAACAUUUAAGUGCAGGUUUUGGUUUUCCUUUUCUAAAACAAAACGUUUACUGACAUCUGGUUUCUGUACGGUGGGGGCGUGUGUGUGUGGGAGGGUGCCGUUCAGUCAGGUUUUCUGUGGCUUUGGCAAUCUCACUUUCGGCCUUUGGGCACAAACCGAAGUUGGGGGGAGGGAGUGGGGAGCCCGUCUUCUGGCCUUUUUGUAGUUAAAGGGGCAAAUAAAAUUUAAACACGGGAAAAAUCUACGUAUUUGUGUAGCAAAAAAGAUCCUGCCCUGUAAUGUAGCAUAUGGAAAGAGAUUUUUAUACCACAUUUUUAUGGAUUAUUUUUUAAUUUUUUGCUUUUGAUCUGGUUUUAAAAGACAAAACAAUCUAACUACGGCUCGAAGGUGGAAAAACUGCCUGUUUUUAUUAAAGGCUAUGCUGGCGCAUAAAGGAA